AUGGAAGCAGACAGCGUGCGCGCGGUACUGUGCUUGUCGGUAGCCGCUAACGGUGUCACCGGCCCCGUGGUGAUGCUUGGCUUGUGUAAUGUGAGGCAAGAGUCAGAACGAAUCUCGCUGGGGCAGAGUGACAGAGUGAGUAUUUAUCAACGCAUUAAAAUUCCCUCCAAUCAGGGAAGUAGCUCAGGUCCCCAAUGCCGUUGCCUCUCCGUACGUAAUGCCCCGUUGCGUAUCCUUCCCUUACUUUUUUUGUUGGUUGCGGGUUCGAAUCUGACUCGGGAACUUUGUCAGCUUCUUGUUCAAUCAGCUUUCAAUAUCUUUUUUUAUCUCAUCUACUUCAUGUGCAUUAUCACCACAAGCACACACACACACUCACUCUCUCUCUCUCUCUCUCUCUCUGCCUCUGUCCCUCUCCCUCUCGUCACCACGGUAGACUUCUCUGCGUACGCUUUCGCCAACCCGCUACUCCCAUCCCACCAAAUUAUUAUCGAACCAAGAGCCAGGCGCAAAGCGACAGAGCACAGUCAAAAUGACGGGCAAUGCGAUGGCGAUGGCGAUGGAUAUGAAGGACUAAAUGAUAUACUACUGCCCGGGCUGUGGAAGACGAUGGUGUCCAGCACCUGGAAAAGAAAGAAAUACGAGCAAAAGCAUGAGCGACAUCUCCAUCCCACGCGUGAUCAUGGAAGGACGAACGAUGAUCGUUCCGGUGGACGUGCCCUACUACCAACUCCUUGCCUACUACCGAUGAUCACGAGAAUUAGGCACCGUCCAAGCGCGCGUACUGAUCAUGCGCGGCAGCUUUUCAACACAGACCACGGACGCGGCCCCUUCAUUGCACUCGGACUGGACACGCUCGGCGUCGUCUCGUUAGGGCUCACGAGUUCACUUGGGGUCAAGGGGAUCGAUGCAGAGCCCGGUCAGUAUAACGAAUGUGAAUCACGAGAGUCUUCUUGA